AAAGACAAACCAUUUAUAUUAGGAUUAGAGAAUUUACGAAAAUUAUUUUCUCACAGUUUAAUCCCAAGAAUUGAAUCCUAAGUAAUUGUGUGGGAAGCACACCCAUCAUGCACCUAUACAUGCAUAUAUUAUAAGUUUUUUACGCAUCUUGACUCUGGAAUUAACGAUCGGAUAAACUUUCAAUAGCCUCAAGACUUGGGAUAUAAAAUAAAUAGAUACCUAUUAUAUCAUAUUAUUGUAGGUAAAAUUAAAAAGGCUACCGACAUAUCAGUAUAUCUUAUUUGUCACUCAAUAAAAUCAACACUAGCAUAAUCUAAGGAUAAAGCGAAGAAAGGGGAUUACCCCAACAUUUCACAUGAGACUUGAACUUGUAACCUGUGCUAUGGAGGUUGAAGAACAAACAAUUCUGACACAAGGCCAUAGCAACAGUUCUAUAUGCACAGAAGAUGUCAUAGAGGAUGGAUCUCACAUUGUGCACAGAAAUUCUAUGUAAAAAGUAUUUUCAUAAGUUAUAUAAAUUAAUAUUUACAUAUACGUAUAUACAUGUGUGUUUUGAAAAAAAUGGUGACGUGGCAAAUGAAUUUUUUUUUUUUUUUGGUGGCAGUGAAUGCAGACGAGUGCUUGAUGACAAGAAUGCAAGAGAUGUCGUUGGACUACCAUUUCACAGUGGAGCAAGAAGUGGGCUCUUCCACUUAUGCCUUCUUUGGUUUCAAUGGGACCGCUGGUGUGUGGAGAAUUGCUGCAAUUAAUGAGGCCGGAGGUUGGAAGGACCGGACAACUGUUGAAGAUAUGGAUUUAGCUGUCCGAGCUAGUUUGAAAGGCUGGAAAUUCCUAUACCUCGGUACUGUCAAGGUGAAAAAUGAAUUGCCAAGUACAUUCAAGGCCUAUCGUUUCCAACAACACCGGUGGUCUUGUGGCCCUGCCAAUCUUUUCAGGAAAAUGGUAACGGAGAUUAUAAUGAAUAAGAGAGUAACGUUGUGGAAGAAAGUGCACGUAAUCUACAGUUUCUUCUUGGUUAGGAAGAUCGUCGCCCAUAUCGUCACAUUUGUGUUUUAUUGUGUCGUAUUACCAGCAACUGUUUUGGUACCGGAAGUUGUGGUUCCGAAGUGGGCAUCAGUUUACAUUCCUUCCAUCAUCACCAUUCUCAACGCUGUUGGAACUCCAAGGUCACUCCACUUAUUGGUGUUCUGGAUCCUUUUUGAGAAUGUCAUGUCGCUGCACCGGACCAAGGCCACCUUCAUUGGUCUUCUAGAGGCUGGGAGAGUGAACGAAUGGGUUGUCACUGAGAAACUCGGGGACGCUCUCAAGACAAAAGCAGCCACUAAAGCACCUAAAAGACCCCGGUUUAGGAUUGGAGAACGAAUCCAUUUGCUAGAACUUGGGACCGGGCUUUUCCUCUUCUUCUGCGGUUGCUAUGACAUUGCCUUUGGGAAAAACCAUUACUUCAUCUACCUCUAUGUCCAAGCAAUGGCUUUCUUCGUCAUUGGGUUCGGCUACGUUGGCACCUUUGUCCCCAACUCUUAAGCGUGACUCAUUUCUCUAUUCAUCACCCGCGUGUUUAUCUUACUUAAACACCAAGUGUCAAUGGGGUUCUUCCAUAAUGCAUGUCAGUGGCAUUUUUAGCUACAUUUUUAAAAUUUUGGUUUUUAAUGUAUUAGCUUGUAAAAAAGAACAAAGCCGCCAGUCGUUUCAUUCUUUUUGCUCGAUCAUAAGAAUUCCGAGUCACUGACUCGAAGGAAUUAGCUUGUGUAUAUUCCCAAAUCAAGAAGAUUAUUUUGAGAAAUGGGCAAAGACAUAGAAGCAAAGUAAAGGUAGCAGAACAUGAGUUCCCUGAAAGUAGUAGAUAUAUAAAAACAUGAUCAAAUGGUUUGAUUGUACUUGUGUGAUACUUUCCUAGUAAAUUUGUCCCCUUUUUUUGGUUUUUUUUGUUUCUGAAGAUUGUGUUUGUUUCAGAUGAAUAAACUGAUGGAAACAGGAAGAAAAAAAACAUUUUGUUUUCAGUUUCAUCAUUCAAUUUAUGUACUAUAAUGAUUUUGCA